AUGGCCCCGCCAAAACCCUCCGCAAAGUCGUCCAAGACGCCCGCUUCAAAGAACAAAUCCCAGAAGAAGAGUGUCACUGCGAGGUCUGAGGCCAAGCCCGACCAGCUCCCGCCGCCCGCGAUUCCCUUGGAACUGCAGCAGCUACUGCUCAACGUCUUCCGAAAUGCCUUCCCGGAACGUCUGGGCCCGGAGUUGAAGCCUUUGUUGCAGGAGGUGAAACAGCAUCUCUACAACAGAGACUUUCUCCACGCUUUCGGCAAGGAUGAGUACCUCGAAGUUUACGCCCUGCGAUGGAGCCCAAGUAGAGCGUUGGGGUAUGCGCAGAUUUUCGACGACCUGUCCGAAUACCUCGUUCAAGAGCUUGGGAGUGUGGCCAAAGAUGCUCCUCGCAGGAUAGUGUGUCUUGGUGGAGGUGCUGGCGCUGAAAUCGUUGGCUUAGCGGGGUACCUCAAGCUGCUUGAAAGGAAAAACGUCUUGAAACAGGUAGCGUCAUCUGAUGACACUGAGAAGACAGUAGAAGGCGCCCCGUCUACCCCGCAUUUCGAUGUUGUUGCCAUUGACAUUGCCAACUGGUCGUCUAUCGUUGCAGGCUUACAGCAAGCAAUCACCACUCCGCCGACGCUGUCCAAAUAUGCCUCUGCCGCCGCCAAGGAAGCGAAUGUUGAGCUGCUCCAGCCAGAUGUCCUCCAAACGAGGUUCGUCCAACAAGACGUUCUAACGAUGCCGCUCGAAGACCUGUCACGGGAACUCAAAGACACCACUGUAGUAACGCUCAUGUUUACAUUGAACGAGCUGUACAGCACUUCUCUCGCUAAAACGCAGAGCUUCCUGCUGAGGCUUACCGGGUCUCUGCAGCCCGGUGCGCUACUGCUAGUCGUUGAUAGUCCCGGAAGCUACUCGAGUGUGACUCUCAAUGGCGCCGAAAAGAAGUAUCCCAUGCAUUGGCUACUGGACCACACAUUGCUGUCGACGCCCCAGGGUGCAAAGCCCCAAGACGCUGACGCGAAAUGGGAAAAGCUCCUCAGUGAUGAGUCAAAGUGGUUCCGGCUUCCCGAAGGGCUAAAGUAUCCCAUUGAGCUCGAGAACAUGCGGUACCAGAUUCACCUGUACAGGCGGCUGCCAUGA